AGCUACCAUACAGAAAAAAAACAACCCUGACAAGCAGCUGUUGCUACAAUGUUAAAGAACUCCCACGUGCGCAAAUCAAUCUGUGGUCCCUUUGUGAUAGUUUGACUAAUCGUCAGUGAAAUUGUGAGAAUUUUCUGCAUCUUCGACUAGAGGACAAUGGAGGCCGUUAUUACGAUUAAUCCCGGGGCCACGAAAUGGGACAUCCGAGAGAAAGUUUGGGAUUACAUUGAAGCUAAGAAUCUUGCAAACUUUCCAAGGCCUGUGCACAACAGAAUCCCCAAUUUCAAGGGUGCGGUCCCGGCCUGUGACCGUCUCUCAGCCCUGCAGGAGUUCAAGUCCAGCCAGACGGUCAAAGUGAACCCGGACCGACCCCAGCAGCAGGCCCGCUACAUCACCCUGGAUGCGAGGAAAACCCUGCUGGUGCCGACCCCUCGCCUUCGUACAGGACUCUUCAAUAAGAUUGUCCCGCCUGAGGGAGCAAGCAAAGAAGAACUGAGAGUGUGUUCCACCUCGCAGGGAGUGAAGGAGUUCAGUGUCCCUGUGGGUCUGGAUUCCAAGGUUCAGGUGGAUCUUCUGGUGGUUGGCUCUGUGGCCGUUUCUGAGAAAGGUUACCGGAUAGGUAAAGGAGAGGGCUUUGCUGACAUGGAGUAUGCCAUGAUGCUCUGCAUGGGGGCUGUGACGGAAUCCACUGUGGUGGUUACRAUCGUCCAUGACUGCCAGGUUGUUGACAUCCCAGAGGAUCUGAUUGAGAGCCAUGACAUCACUGUGGACUACAUCCUCACCCCGACCAGAGUCAUCAAGACAGACUGCCAACGCCCCAAGCCCCAGGGCGUCAUCUGGACUAAGCUGAACGCUGAGAUGCUGGAGAAGAUCCCUGUGCUGAAGAAGCUCCGGGCCUUGGAGGAGGAGCAAGGGAAGGACGUGACCCUGGGGACCCACCCUCCCCAGCAGCCCAGGGAAAGGGCCAGGAGGGAGCCCCGGAGGGACAGAGAGCCCAGGUCAGAGGGUGAUAGACCCCGGCGUGAGCCCAGGCGCAGGCCUAGACGGAACACCCAAGAGGACUCUGAGAGGGACCCCAACGGGGAGUCCAGGGAGGAGACUGAGCAGAAACCCAGACGACGCCCACCAAGAGUGAGGAGGGAGGGGGACAGAGAGGGGGMUAGGGAUGGUGACGGGGAGGGAGGCCAGGAGGGAGGCAGAGAGGGGGGUAGGAGGGUCAGGGGAUUCCGCAAUGGGGGCUUCCGUGAGGGGGGCAGAGAUGGAAGCAGGGGGAGAGGCAGAGGAGGCCGUGAGGGGGCCAGGGGGAGGGGAAGAGAGGUGGACAGGGAUGGGGUCAGGCAAGAGGGCAGGGAGGAAGGUGGUGAGCCCCGUGAGCGCAGGCCCCCCCUGACCGUGACCACAGUGUACCUGGGGGGCAUCCCUGCCGGGCUGCGUGUCAGCGAGCUGAAGACUGCUCUCCGGGAGAGGGAGGCAGCCCCCAUCCGUCUCACAUGGCAGGGUGCUCAGCACCGGGCCUUCCUGGACUACUUAGACCCCCAGGCUGCAGACCAGGCCCUGGCCGCCCUGGAGGGGCUCUCCCUGAACGGCCACGACCUGCAGGCUGAGCUGGCCAAGAGCCAGAGGGGAGGCAGGAGGCCAGGUCCAAGCAACCGGAGGCCCAGACCAAAUACAGGUCCCAAAAAUACAGCUAGAGAAAGUAGAGAGAGUACGAGUGAASCAGAGGCAGAUUCCCCCAAGCAGGAGCUCAACCAUAYCGAGUAACUGCCUGCUUCUCUGUCCAUCUCRGUAACAGAAGCCAAGCCAGCAGAAAGAAAAGGCUGUGUUUCAUGAAAGGGAAGGAUGCUACRUUCACUGUACCAAUGUGAAGUGUGAAAAUAUGUUUAAUGCCUUAAGCAGAGUUUGGUUUGUCGUUCUGGUUUUUAGUGUUGGUAUUGAUAACACGUAACCCCAUUUACUUUUGAAAUGUUCUUAUACAGAAGUUUCAUCCACACUGGCAGGCCUGUCUGUCAGUCACAAAGGAAGGAGAGGUUUUCCCUGUUAGUCUCUUUGUGCAGGGGCAAUGUUUAAUGUCCUACAUGUAAUGCCAUUGGAAUUCACAGGAUAUUUUCUGUACUAAAUAAACCAUACUUUGAGUUCAUAGUUUUAA